CCCCUAUAUAGACCCGCUGGUGCCCGCUGCAGCCACUGACCCGCCAGCCGGCCAUGGGGAAGAUCACCUUCUACGAGGACCGCGGCUUCCAGGGCCGCCGCUACGAGUGCAGCGGCGACCAGCCCGACCUGCAGCCGCACCUGAGCCGCUGCGGCUCCGUGCGCGUGGACAGCGGCUGCUGGAUGCUCUAUGAGCGCCCCGACUUCCAGGGCGCCCAGCACUUGGUGCGGCGCGGGGACUACCCCGACCCCCAGCAGUGGCUGGGCCCCAGCGACGGGGUGCGCUCCUGCCGCCUCAUCCCGCAAAGCAGCUCGCACAGGAUCCGGCUGUACGAGAGGGAGGACUGCCGGGGCCAGAUGGUGGAGACCUCGGAGGACUGCUCCUCGCUGCAGGACCGCCUGCCCUUCCGGGAGGUGCUCUCCCUCGGCGUGCUGGAGGGCUGCUGGGUCCUCUACGAGCUGCCCGGCUACCGGGGGCGCCAGCACCUGCUGCGGCCCGGGGACUGCCGGCGCUGCCAGGACUGGGGGGCCGCCAGCGCCCGCGUGGGCUCCCUGAGGAGGGCCACCGAUUCCCCCUGAAAGGCUGC